ACGCCCCCUUGUUUCCGUGGAAACGUGAGCACUGCGCAGUUUCACUUUCACAUAAGAACAAAGAAUGGUCGAAUCUUUGCUGCAGUAUCUUAUCCACAAUCAUGAACAGUGUUGAGAUGGACGUGAAGGAAAUGGUUAUUGAAGUGAAUGGACUUCCAGACGACUACCCCAAUAAUAAAAUGAUUGACAAAUUAACCAUGCACUUUCUGAGGCCCAGCAACAAUGGUGGAGAGGUUUUAAUAGUGAUAUAUCCCACCUCCAACAAAGGCCAGGCUUAUGUUGUUUUUGAAUCAGAAGUACCCCGAGUCUUGGACCAUAAUCAUGUUUUGGACCUGGAUAGUCAGUUUUACCCACUGGAUGUUAAAAAGGUACAUCAGCCUAAGUUUGACAUGCCAGCUGAAGCAUUCCUUGAUGUGAGCAUGUUCUACAAUCAGAAAACGAUCCGAAGUCUUCUUCAUAGCUUUGAUGUCUCAGAGACCAGUUCAGGACAGCUGCAUUUGCGGGGAACCUUUCUUAACCUAAAACGCAUCCAUCCCAAACUCAUGCAUCUCCUGGCUCAAGAAAACCAAUCGCAAAGAAGCACACCUUCACAAUGCACUAAUGGCUUCUCGUCUGACUCUGUCUCCAGUGACUAUCAAUCUAGAUCUCAUUCCACAUUGAGAUACAUUCACAGAAAUGGUAGAAACCCAGAUUCUGGAAUAAACUCAAGAUCCCCAGACUCCCCAAGCAGACAGGCACUCAUGCAGGCUGCCUCUUCACUGGAGUUUAGUUCAAGCACAGAGUAUUCAUUCAGCAGUCCCAUCAGGAGCUAUGAGGACUCCAGCGUAACCGCUCAGCAGCGGAAUCCCUCGUCUCACAGGAAAACUGAGGAUACCUUCCCUGUGGAUCCACUCGCGUUCAAAUAUGUAAUGCACUUUAAGAAAGAUUUUAUUGAAAAGAUAGAAUCUGAUCAUCAAACUCACGUCAGCCAUGUAGACGAUUCAGGAGUUGUUAUGGUUAAACUUUCAGGAGGAUCCUGUGAAGAUGCAGGUAAAGAAUUGCGCGAAUUCAUGCAGAACACCAGCUCAUCUUUACGCACACAAGAAAUAGACCUGCAUGAACUCAUCAGCAGUCGAAGGACACACAUUACUGAGAAUGCUCACUCAUUCCAAAAGAUCUACAAUGUUUUAAUUAAGGAGGAAAAUGACAUUCUCAAAGUGGUGGGUUCCUCUAAAGAGAGUUAUGAUGCGAAGGAAAGGCUUCUUGGACGGGAGGUUAACAUUGUUUUGCCAAGACACUUCGCAGGGGACUCUAUGCGACGCAGCAGCUCUUUGCCAAGGCAAAAAAUAAUGCAUAGAGAGGAGAACCCAGACUUGGGAGGACUUCCUGAUGCUGUGUACACCACUUCUGUUAGUAGAUCCCCUGCCUCACAGUCUUGGACUGACUCUCAGUUACAAGCAGAAGUGCAAAAGGAAAGAGGUCGCGAGUCCUCUAAAUCCUCUGCACACCGUGGCAGGUCACACAGUGUCUCUCGGUUACAACACAGAAAUGAGAGCAGAGUAAACCAAGAACCAUCAGUGUACAAUAAGCAGGAUUUGACACCCCCUCAUGAAGUUCAAAUAUCUAAAAAAGGGUCCAUUCCUAAAAUAAUGGCUGCCCUUACACCUAAAAUAAAUAUCAAUUUCAAAAACAAAAGUAAAAAUUGUUAAAACAACAUUAACCUGUUAACUGUCACUCACGUUUUUGAAGAUAGACAUGAAUGUGCAUGAUACAAACCUAAAUCU